AUGGCUGAAGGAGGAGAAGGCGAGGAUGAAAUCCAGUUUCUGCGGACUGAUGAUGAGGUAGUCCUGCAGUGCUCAGCUACGAUCCAUAAGGAGCAACAGAAACUCUGUCUGGCUGCUGAAGGCUUCGGAAACAGACUCUGCUUCCUUGAAUCCAUCUCCAACUCCAAGAAUGUGCCUCCAGAUCUGUCCAUCUGCACCUUUGUCUUGGAGCAGUCACUAUCAGUACGAGCCCUUCAGGAAAUGCUGGCCAACACAGAGGAGAAAGCUGAGGGGCAUGUAGAUGUGGAAAUAUGGACGGCCCAGGGCGGUGGGCAUCGCACCUUACUGUAUGGACACGCUGUCCUGCUACGACACUCAUACAGUGGAAUGUACCUAUGCUGUCUGUCAACCUCCCGCUCAUCCACAGACAAACUGGCUUUUGAUGUGGGACUACAGGAAGAUACCACAGGCGAGGCUUGCUGGUGGACCAUCCAUCCAGCAUCCAAGCAGCGUUCAGAGGGAGAGAAGGUUAGAGUGGGAGAUGAUCUCAUCCUGGUCAGCGUCUCCUCUGAAAGAUAUCUGCAUCUGUCCUAUGGCAAUGGCAGUCUCCAUGUAGAUGCAGCUUUCCAGCAGACUCUGUGGAGCGUGGCUCCCAUCUGUUCUGGCAGUGAAGUAGCACAAGGUUUCCUGAUAGGAGGGGAUGUCCUGCGUCUCCUUCAUGGUCACAUGGACGAGUGUCUAACUGUUCCAUCUGGGGAACAUGGAGACGAGCAGAGGAGGACAGCUCACUAUGAGGGUGGAGCAGUGUCCAGUCAUGCCAGGUCCCUGUGGAGGCUGGAGACACUUCGAGUUGUGUGGAGUGGGAGUCAUAUCCGAUGGGGUCAACCGUUCAGACUGAGACAUGUGACCACAGGGAAGUAUCUGAGUCUGAUAGAAGACAAAUCUCUGCUGCUGAUGGACAAAGAGAAAGCUGAUGUCAAGUCUACAGCCUUCUGCUUCAGGUCAUCUAAGGAAAAGUUGGAUCCCGGUUUGAAGAAGGAGGUGGAUGGGAUGGGUGUUCCUGACAUUAAAUAUGGCGACUCUGUGUGUUACAUCCAACAUGUUGACACCUGUCUAUGGCUCACAUACCAAGCUGUUGAUGCCAAGUGUGCACGCAUGGGUGGCGUACAGAGAAAGGCCAUCAUGCACCAUGAGGGUCACAUGGAUGACGGGCUAACGCUGUCUCGGUCCCAACAUGAGGAGAGUCGCACUGCCAGGGUCAUCCGUAGCACUGUCUUUCUGUUCAACCUGUUCAUCAGGGGUCUGGACACACUAAGGAAAAAGGGGAAGAGCUCUACUUUAGAUCUACCAAUCGAUUCAGUCAGUCUGAGUCUGCAGGAUCUGAUUGGCUACUUCCAGCCACCUGGAGAUCAUCUGGAACAUGAAGACAAGCAGAACCGACUAAGGGCUCUGAAGAACCGACAGAACCUCUUUCAGGAGGAGGGGAUGAUCAGCCUGGUCCUAGAGUGUAUUGAUCGGCUUCACGUCUACAGCAGUGCAGCUCAUUUUGCUGAGGUAGUAGGAAGGGAGGCAGCAGAGGCCUGGAGCUCUAUCCUCAACUCCCUCUACCAACUUCUGGCUGCGCUGAUCAGGGGAAACAGGAAGAACUGUGCCCAGUUCUCUGGUUCGCUGGACUGGCUGAUUAGCAGACUAGAGCGGCUGGAGGCCUCUUCUGGUAUACUAGAGGUGCUUCACUGUGUGCUGGUGGAGAGUCCUGAGGCACUGAACAUCAUCAAAGAGGGACACAUCAAAUCUAUUAUAUCUCUGCUGGACAAGCAUGGACGCAACCACAAGGUUCUAGAUGUGUUGUGUUCGCUGUGUGUGUGUCACGGUGUAGCAGUACGCUCCAACCAGCACCUGAUCUGUGACAAUCUGCUGCCAGGAAGAGAUCUGCUACUGCAGACCCGUUUGAUCAACCACGUAAGCAGCAUGCGUCCAAACAUCUUCCUGGGUGUCAGUGAUGGCUCUGCUCAGUACAGGAAGUGGUACUAUGAACUGAUCGUGGAUCAGGUGUUGCCAUUUGUCACAGCAGAGGCCACUCACCUCAGGGUGGGCUGGGCCAGUACCAGUGGCUAUGCACCCUACCCCAGUGGGGGGGAGGGGUGGGGAGGCAACGGGGUGGGUGAUGACCUCUACUCGUAUGGCUUUGAUGGACUCCAUCUUUGGUCAGGCUGCAUUGCACGGACUGUUAGCUCCCCCAAUCAGCAUCUGCUGAGGUCAGAGGAUGUGGUGAGCUGCUGCCUGGACCUCAGCGUACCCAGUAUUUCCUUCAGGAUCAACGGCCAGCCGGUUCAGGGCAUGUUUGAGAACUUCAACUCAGAUGGCCUCUUCUUCCCUGUUGCCAGCUUCUCUGCUGGGGUCAAGGUGCGUUUCCUCCUUGGGGGUCGUCAUGGGGAGUUUAAGUUCCUCCCUCCUCCAGGUUAUGCUCCUUGUUAUGAGGCAGUGUUGCCAAGGGAGAAACUGAAGCUGGAAGCCAGUCAGGACCAGACAGCAGCCACAGACCUCCUGGGACCCACCGUCACCUUGAGCCAGGCUGCAUUCACCCCUACACCUGUGGACACCAGCCAGAUUGUGCUGCCUCCUCACUUGGAGAGGAUCAGGGAGAAGCUUGCAGAAAACAUCCAUGAACUGUGGGUGAUGAACAAGAUAGAACUGGGCUGGACCUAUGGUGCAGUGCGAGAUGAUAACAAGCGGCAGCACCCUUGUCUAGUGGAGUUCUGCAGGCUUCCUGAACAGGAGCGAAGCUACAACCUCCAGAUGUCUCUGGAAACUCUCAAAACUCUCCUGGCUUUGGGUUGCCAUGUUGGCUUAGCAGAUGAACGCGCUGUAGAGAAAGUCAAGAGCAUGAAACUGUCCUCAACCUAUGAGUUGUCCAGUGGUUAUAAACCUGCUCCUCUGGACCUGAGUCACAUCAAACUGACCUCCACCCAGGAAGCCAUGGUGGACAAACUGGCUGAGAACGCUCACAAUGUCUGGGCAAGAGACCGCAUCCAUCAGGGCUGGACCUACGGCAUCCAACAGGAUGUGAAGAGUCGUAGAAACCCUCGUCUGGUCCCCUACACUCUGCUGGAUGAGAGAACCAAGAAGUCAAACAAAGACAGUCUGAGAGAGGCUGUCAGGACUCUGCUGGGAUAUGGAUACAACCUGGAAGCUCCUGACCAGGACCAUGCAGCUCAAUCUGACCUCAACAACAUGUCUGCUGAGAGGUUUCGCAUUUUCAGAGCAGAGAAAACCUACUGUGUUAAUGCUGGGAAGUGGUACUUUGAACUGGAGGUGCUGACAGCAGGAGAGAUGAGGGUGGGCUGGGCCAGGCCAGGAUGCCUCCCAGACCAAGAGUUGGGAUCUGAUGACCAGGCCUUUGUCUUUGAUGGCUUCAAGGUCCAGCGCUGGCACCAGGGCAACGAGCACUUCGGGCGUGCCUGGCAGAUGGGGGAUGUGGUGGGAUGCAUGGUGGAUCUGAAUGAACACACCAUGAUGUUUACACUCAAUGGAGAAGUGCUGCUGGAUGAUUCUGGCUCAGAGCUAACCUUCAAGGACUUUGAAGCUGGCGAAGGUUUUAUCCCCGUGUGCAGUCUGGGUGUGUGUCAGGUGGGGAGGAUGAACUUUGGUAAAGACGUAAGCACUCUGAAGUACUUCACCAUCUGUGGCCUUCAGGAAGGCUACGAGCCGUUUGCUGUCAACAUGAACCGAGACGUUACCAUGUGGCUCAGCAAGAGGCUGCCUCAGUUUGUACCUGUCCCUCACAGUCACCAGCACAUAGAGGUGACAAGGAUAGAUGGGACAGUGGAGUCUUGUCCAUGCCUGAAGGUCACCCAGAGGUCAUUUGGCUCACAGAACAGUUACACUGACAUUACCUUCUACAGACUGAGCAUGCCCAUCGAGUGUGCAGAAUCCUUCUCUAGAUCCCGGUCUAACGGCAGCCUCUUCUCGCCGAAUAGGGAGCUGGAGGACUUUGAAACGGUAUCAGACUUUGAGGUCCUGAUGAAGUCGUCUCACGGUCACAAUGGUCCCAAUGGACCUGAGAGAGACGAAUUCAACAACCACAAAGAUUAUAACCAGGAGAAGCCAUCCAAGCUCAAACAACGGUUCAUGUUGAAGAGAAACAAACCAGACAACAGCUGCCCCUCAUCUGCUAGACUGUCAGAGGAAGUGAUGGCUGAUGACAGAGAUGAGUACGAAUUCCUCAUGCAAGCCUCCACUCACUACUACUCAGUUCGGAUCUUCCCUGGUCAGGAGCCCAGCAGUGUGUGGGUAGGCUGGGUGACCUCUGACUUCCAUCAGUAUGACCCAGGCUUCGAACUGCACAAGGUCCGAACGGUCACUGUUACCCUGGGAGACGAGAAAGGCAAAGUUCACGAGAGUAUAAAGCGCAGUAACUGUUACAUGGUGUGGGCUGGAGAGAGCAGCAGUCCUGGUCAGGGGAGGAACAACAAUGGCUUAGAGAUAGGCUGUCUAGUUGACACAACAAAUGGACUAUUGACCUUCACUGCCAACGGCAAAGAACUCAGCACAUAUUACCAGGUGGAGCCCAGUACUAAGCUGUUCCCCGCAGUCUUUGCCAAGGCGACCAGCCCCAAUGUCUUCCAGUUUGAACUGGGGAGAAUAAAGAAUGUGAUGCCUCUGUCAGCUGGUCUGUUUAAGAGUGAGAGGAAGAACAUGGUUCCUCAGUGUCCUCCACGGCUUCAUGUCCAGUUUCUUACUCCUGUUUUAUGGAGUCGUGUUCCCAACCACUUCCUUAAGGUGUCAGCAUCCAGAGUGAAUGACAGACAUGGCUGGCUGGUCCAGUGUAGUGAACCCCUGCAGUUCAUGUCUCUGCACAUACCUGAGGAGAACAGGUCGGUCGAUAUCCUGGAGCUGUCAGAGCAGAGGGACUUAUUAAAGUUUCACUACCAUACCCUCAGACUGUACUCUGCAAUCUGUGCUCUGGGAAACAACCGGGUGGCACAUGCCCUCUGCUCCCAUGUGGACGAAGCACAGCUGCUGCAGGCUAUAGAGAAUAAGUACAUGCCAGGUUUGCUUCGUGCUGGCUAUUACGACCUCCUUAUCGAUAUCCACCUGAGCAGCUACGCCACAGCUCGCCUCAUGAUGAACAAUGAGUACAUUGUUCCCAUGACAGAUGAAACAAAGAGCAUCACCCUGUUUCCUGACGAGAAGAAGAAACAUGGCCUGCCAGGCAUUGGCCUCAGCACUUCCCUGAGACCCAGAAUGCACUUCUCAUCUCCAAGCUUUGUCUGCGGGACCGGAUCGUUGUAUCGAAACAACGGAAACAGCGGAUCAGGAUCAGGAGACUGUUUCCAGUACAGCCCUGAAUUCCCUUUAGAUAUACUGAAAGUCAAAACAAUUGAGAUGCUGACAGAGGCUGUGCGGGAGGGAAGCAUGCACGUACGGGAUCCAAUAGGAGGCAGCACUGAGUUUCUCUUUGUUCCCCUUAUCAAGCUCUUCUACACCAUGCUCAUCAUGGGAGUUUUCCAAAAUGGAGAUCUGAAGAACAUCCUCCGACUGAUUGAGCCAUCUGUGUUCUCUGAAAGGCGAGAAGGGCAGGAGGAGAUUCACAUGGAGCUGGAGAUGGUGAAGGAGGUGGAGACUGAGGUUGGAGGGGAGGAUAGAGGGAGGACCAUGCCAAAAGAAGGACUGUUGCAGAUGAAGCUGCCAGAGCCUGUAAAACUCCAGAUGUGCCAUGUGCUACAGUAUCUGUGUGACUGUCAGGUGCGUCAUCGUAUCGAGGCAGUGGUGGCCUUCUCUGAUGAUUUUGUGGCCUGUCUCCAAGACAACCAGCGAUUCCGCUACAACGAGGUGAUGCUGGCACUCAACAUGUCUGCAGCUCUCACUGCCAAGAAAACCAAAGAGUUCAGAUCACCUCCACAGGAACAGAUCAACAUGUUGCUGAACUUUAAGGAUGAGAAGCAGGAGUGUCCCUGUCCUGAAUACAUCAGAGAACAGCUGCUCGACUUUCAUGAAGAUCUGAUGAGACACUGUGGUAUAGAAUUGGAUGAGGACAGAAGCAUAGAUGGUGACAGUGACUUCACCAUCCGAGGUCGACUCAUGUCACUGGUGGAGAAAGUGGCUUAUCUGAAGAAGAAGAUGGCCAACUUGCCGAAGGAGAAGAAGGACAGGAAACCCAGUACGUUACAGCAACUGAUCUCAGACACGAUGGUCCGCUGGGCUCAGGAGUCGGUUAUUGAGGAUCCAGAGCUGGUCAGAGCCAUGUUUGUCCUGCUGCACCGCCAGUAUGAUGGCAUCGGAGGACAGGUGCGGGCUCUUCCUAAGACCUACACUAUAAAUUCAGUUUCCAUUGAGGACACCAUCAACCUGUUGGCUGCUCUGGGUCAGAUCAGAUCUCUACUGAGUGUCCGCAUGGGAAGAGAGGAGGAGAAACUAAUGAUCCGAGGGCUAGGUGACAUCAUGAACAACAAGGUCUUUUACCAGCAUCCUAACCUGAUGAGAGCUCUGGGGAUGCAUGAGACUGUCAUGGAGGUGAUGGUGAACGUGCUCAGUGGGGGAGACUCAAAGGAAAUAACCUUUCCUAAGAUGGUGGCCAACUGUUGUCGCUUUCUCUGUUAUUUCUGUCGGAUCAGUCGUCAGAACCAGAAGGCCAUGUUUGACCAUCUCAGCUACCUUCUGGAGAACAGCAGUGUUGGCCUCGCUUCUCCAUCCAUGCGAGGCUCCACUCCUCUUGAUGUGGCUGCAGCAUCAGUCAUGGAUAAUAAUGAGUUGGCUCUGGCGUUGAGAGAGCCAGACCUGGAGAAGGUGGUGCAGUACCUGGCCGGCUGUGGGUUGCAGAGCUGUGUGAUGCUGGUGCGUAAGGGAUACCCCGACAUCGGCUGGAACCCUGUGGAGGGCGAACGCUACCUCGACUUCCUGCGCUUUGCUGUCUUCUGCAAUGGUGAAAGUGUUGAGGAGAAUGCCAAUGUUGUGGUGAGGCUUCUGAUUCGCCGACCAGAAUGUUUUGGCCCUGCUCUUCGGGGUGAGGGUGGUGAUGGGUUGUUGGCAGCAAUGGAGGAAGCCAUUAAGAUCUCUCAGGAUUCUUCCAGGGAUGGUCCCUCUCCUACAUCUGAGAGCAGCAGAACACUUGACAUGCUGGAAGAAGAGGAAGAUGAUACCAUCCACAUGGGAAAUGCCAUCAUGACCUUCUAUGCUGCUCUCAUUGAUCUGCUAGGUCGCUGUGCUCCAGAGAUGCAUUUAAUCCAUGCUGGUAAAGGUGAAGCAAUCCGUAUCAGAGCCAUUCUGAGGUCUCUCAUUCCUAUUGAAGACCUGGUGGGAGUAAUCAGUAUUCCAUUUUCCAUGCCCAACCUGGCUAAAGAUGGGGUGGUGGUGGAGCCAGACAUGUCAGCUGGUUUCUGUCCAGACCAUAAGGCAGCCAUGGUGCUGUUCCUGGACAGGGUCUAUGGUAUAGAAGACCAGAAUUUCCUGCUCCACCUGCUGGAAGUCGGAUUCUUACCAGACCUGAGAGCUGCUGCCUCGCUGGACACUGUUGCUCUCAGUGCCACAGACAUGGCACUCGCUCUCAACAGGUAUCUGUGUACGGCUGUGCUGCCUCUCCUGACUAAAUGUGCACCACUGUUUGCGGGGACAGAGCCGUUUGCUUCACUGAUUGACUCCCUCCUCCACACCAUUUACCGCCUGUCAAAAGGCUGCUGUCUCACCAAGGCCCAGAGGGACGCCAUAGAGGAGUGUCUGCUGGCUGUUUGUGGAAAGCUGAGACCCUCAAUGAUGCAGCAUCUCCUGAGGAGGCUGGUGUUUGACGUUCCUCUGCUUAAUGAACACACCAAGAUGCCUCUGAAGCUGUUGACCAAUCACUAUGAGCGUUGUUGGAAGUAUUACUGCCUGGCUGGAGGCUGGGGCAACUUUGGAGCUGCAUCAGAUGAAGAACUUCACCUCUCCAGGAAACUGUUUUGGGGAAUAUUUGAUGCUCUGUCAUACAAGCGGUAUGACCAGGAGCUGUUUAAGCUGGCAUUGCCAUGUCUCAGUGCUGUGGCGGGAGCUCUUCCUCCAGACUACAUGGAGUCUAACUACAUGGCCAUGAUGGAGAAACAGUCAUCCAUGGACUCAGAGGGAAACUUCACUCCACAACCUGCAGACACCACCAAUGUGACUGUCCCAGAGAAACUGGACUAUUUCAUAACCAGAUAUGCAGAACACAACCAUGAAAAGUGGUGUAUAGAGAAGUUUUCCAAUGGCUGGUCAUAUGGGGAACAGAUAUGUGAAAUCAGCAAGAGCCACCCUUUACUGAAACCAUACAAAGGCCUCUCUGAAAAGGAUAAGGAGUCGUACUGCUGGUCAGUCAGAGAGUCUCUGAAGACCAUGCAGUCGUGGGGCUGGAGCAUCGAAAGGAUCAGAGAGGGAGACCCCGCCAGCCUCCACAACAAGUCCAGGAGGAUAUCACAGGCUAGCCAGCUGUCUUUUGAAGGCGCUCCAGCUUUCAGCCCGAGACCCAUUGAUAUGAGCAAUGUUACACUGUCCAGAGACAUGCAGUCUAUGGCAGAGCUGCUCGCAGAGAAUUAUCAUAAUGUCUGGGCGAGGAAAAAGAAAAUGGAGCUGGAAGCCAAAGGUGGAGGAAACCAUCCCCUUCUGGUUCCUUAUGACACACUGACUGCCAAAGAGAAAUCCAGAGACAGAGAGAAAGCACAGGAGAUUCUCAAGUUCCUCCAGAUCAACGGUUACACUGUGUCCAGAGGUGUGAAGUCACAGGAGCUGGACACUCCAGCUAUAGAGAAACGAUUCGCCUACACUUUCCUCCAGCAGCUCAUCACAUACGUAGACCAGGCCCACCAACACAUGAUGGAGUUUGACCAGGGAACGAGACAGAAGGGAGACAAGGUUCCUCAUGAACAGCAGAUGAAGUUCUUUGGAAAGGUUGUCUUGCCAUUGGUGGAUCAGUACUUUAAAAACCAUAGGCUCUACUUCCUGUCCACAGCCAUCCAUCCAAUUAGCAGUGGUGGCCACGCCUCCAACAAGGAGAAAGAGAUGGUGACCAGUCUUUUCUGCAAACUGGGAGUUCUUGUCAGACAUAGGAUAUCCUCUUUUGGUAACAAUGCCACAUCCAUAGUCAACUGUCUGCAGAUACUGGGACAAAGCCUGGAUGCCAGGACAGUGAUGAAGACUGGUCUGGAGUCAGUGAAGGCUGCUCUGCGAUCAUACUUUGAGAGUGCAGCAGAGGACCUGGAGAAGACACAGGAGAACCUGAAGCUCGGUCAGUUCACCCACAGCAGAGAGCAGCCGCGAGGUGUCACUCAGAUCAUCAACUACACCACCUUCGCCCUGCUGCCUGUCCUCUCCUCCCUAUUUGAACACAUCGGACAGAACAUGUUUGGAGAAGACCUCAUAUUGGAUGAUGUCCAGGUAUCCUGCUAUAGAAUCCUCAACAGCCUUUAUUUUCUGGGAACCAACAAAAGUAUCUAUGUAGAAAGACAGCGUCCAGCAUUAGGAAAAUGUCUAGCUGCUUUCUCAGCAGCCUUCCCUGUGGCCUUUCUUGAGCCUCACAUCAACAAGUUCAACAGCUUCUCCAUCUACAACAUCAAAGGAACUAAAGACAGAGGGGCUCUAGGUCUUCCAGGACACGUUGGAGAGGUUUGUCCUGUGAUCCCAAACUUAGAAAAGUCUCUGGAGGAGAUCAUGGAGUUGGCAGAGUCUGGCAUGAGAUACACUCAGAUGCCCCAUGUCAUGGAGGUGGUGUUGCCCAUGUUAUGUAGCUAUAUGUCUCACUGGUGGGAACAUGGACCUGAGAGCAACACAGACAAAGCUGACAGCUGCUGCACCUCCGUGACCUCUGAACACAUGAACACUCUGCUGGGGAACAUUCUCAAGAUCAUCUACAACAACCUUGGAAUAGAUGAGGGGGCCUGGAUGAAAAGACUAGCUGUUUUCUCUCAGCCAAUCAUCAGCAAGGCCAAAGCUGAGCUGCUGAAGACCCACUUCCUGCCUCUGAUGGAGAAACUGAAAAAAAAAGCUGCAGUUGUGUUGAUGGAUGAAGAACACAGCAAGGCAGAGGGGAGGGGUGAGAUGUCAGAGACGGAGCUUCUCAUCAUGGACCAGUUCACCAUAUUGGUCAGAGACCUGUACGCUUUCUACCCUCUCCUCAUCCGAUUUGUUGACUACAACAGGGCCAGAUGGCUGAAGGAGUCCAACCCAGAGGCUGAGGAGCUGUUCCGCAUGGUGGCUGAGGUUUUCAUCUUCUGGGCCAAGUCUCAUAACUUCAAGAGGGAAGAGCAGAACUUUGUGGUUCAGAAUGAAAUCAACAACAUGUCCUUCCUCAUCACUGACACCAAGUGUAAGAUGUCAAAGGGAAUAGUUUCAGACCAGGAGAGGAAGAAGAUGAAGAGGAAGGGAGAUCGAUACUCAAUGCAGACAAGUCUGAUCGUUGCUACUCUAAAGCGUCUACUGCCUGUCGGACUCAACAUCUGUGCCCCUGGAGAACAAGAGCUCAUCGCACUGGCUAAGAACCGUUUCACCCAGAAAGAUACAGAGGACGAAGUCCGAGAGAUCAUCAGGAAUAAUCUCCAUUUACAAGGGAAGCUGGAGGACCCAGCUAUUCGUUGGCAGAUGGCGUUGUACAGGGACCUCCCUAAUCACUAUGAGGACACCUCAGACCCAGAGAAAACUGUAGAGAGAGUCCUGGACAUUGCUCAUGUUCUCUUCCAUCUGGAUCAGGUUGAGCACCCUCAGCGCAGUAAGAAGGCAGUUUGGCACAAACUUCUGUCCAAACAGAGGAAGAGAGCAGUGGUUGCUUGCUUCAGGAUGGCACCGCUCUACAACCUGCCCAGGCACCGGGCUGUCAACCUGUUCCUGCAGGGCUAUGAGAAGUCCUGGAUCGAGGCAGAGGAACACUACUUUGAAGAUAAACUCAUCGAGGACCUCGCUAAACCAGGUGACCAAGAGCCAUCCGAAGAAGAGGAAGGGGUGAAGCACAUUGAUCCACUGCAUCAGCUCAUUCAGCUGUUCAGUAGAACAGCCCUCACAGAGAAGUGUAAACUGGAUGAGGAUAAUCUUUACAUGGCCUAUGCUGACAUCAUGGCUAAGAGUUGCCAUGAUGAAGAGGAUGAAGACGGGGAGGAAGUGAAGAGUUUUGAAGUAGGUGGUCAGUCACUCUGUGAGAAGGAGAUGGAGAAGCAGAAGCUGUUGUAUCAGCAGGCUCGGCUACAUGACCGAGGAGCUGCUGAGAUGGUGCUUCAAACCAUCAGCGCUAGUAAAGGUGAGAUGGGUCCCAUGGUGGCCUCUACUCUGAAGCUGGGCAUAGCUAUUCUCAAUGGAGGAAACUCUACUGUGCAGCAGAAAAUGUUGGAUUAUCUGAAAGACAAGAAGGAUGUGGGCUUUUUUCAGAGUCUGGCUGGGCUGAUGCAGUCAUGCAGUGUUCUGGAUCUUAAUGCAUUUGAGAGGCAGAACAAAGCAGAAGGACUGGGAAUGGUGACAGAGGAGGGCUCAGGUGAGAAGGUCAUGCAGGACGAUGAGUUCACCUGUGACCUUUUCCGCUUCCUGCAGCUGCUCUGUGAAGGACACAACUCAGACUUCCAGAACUACUUAAGGACACAAACUGGGAACAAUACGACUGUCAACAUCAUCAUCUCUACUGUUGACUAUCUACUAAGAGUCCAGGAGUCUAUCAGUGAUUUCUACUGGUAUUAUUCUGGGAAAGAUGUUAUCGACGAGCAGGGCCAGAGGAAUUUCUCCAAGGCGAUAAAUGUGGCCAAGCAGGUUUUCAAUACACUAACUGAGUACAUCCAGGGUCCGUGCACUGGCAACCAGCAGAGCUUGGCCCAUAGCCGUUUGUGGGACGCUGUGGUUGGUUUUCUCCAUGUCUUUGCUCAUAUGCAGAUGAAACUUUCUCAGGACUCCAGUCAGAUUGAGUUACUGAAGGAGUUGAUGGACCUACAGAAAGACAUGGUGGUCAUGCUGCUGUCUAUGCUGGAGGGUAAUGUAGUCAAUGGGACUAUCGGGAAGCAGAUGGUGGACAUGUUGGUGGAGUCCUCCAACAAUGUGGAGAUGAUCCUCAAGUUCUUUGAUAUGUUCCUCAAACUGAAAGACCUGACCUCCUCCGAUGCCUUCAAGGAGUAUGACCCUGACGGAAAAGGUGUCAUCUCCAAGAGGGACUUCCAUAAGGCCAUGGAGAGCCACAAACACUACACCCAGUCUGAGACGGAGUUCCUGCUGUCCUGUGCUGAGACUGAUGAGAAUGAACUCUUGGACUAUGAAGAAUUUGUGGAGCGCUUUCAUGAGCCAGCCAAGGAUAUUGGCUUCAAUGUGGCGGUUUUGCUGACCAACCUGUCGGAGCACAUGCCUCAUGACACCCGGCUGCAGACCUUCCUGGAGCUGGCAGAGAGUGUUCUCAACUACUUCCAACCCUACCUGGGCAGGAUCGAGAUCAUGGGCAGUGCCAAGCGCAUUGAGAGGGUUUACUUUGAGAUCAGUGAGUCCAGUCGAACACAGUGGGAGAAACCUCAGGUCAAAGAAUCCAAGCGUCAGUUCAUCUUUGAUGUGGUGAACGAGGGAGGGGAGAAGGAGAAGAUGGAGCUGUUUGUGAAUUUCUGUGAGGACACCAUUUUUGAAAUGCAGCUGGCGGCUCAGAUGUCUGACGCUGGUGAGCGUUCAGCAGUGAAGGAGGAGAGUGAGCGGGAGAAACCAGAUGAGGACAAUCCUGAGAUGGGCUUCUUCUCUGUUACCACAGUCUGCAUGGCGCUGUUGGCUCUGCGAUACAAUGUCAUGCUGCUAAUAAAGGUGCUGUCCAUGAAGAGCUUGAAGAAGCAGAUGAAGAGGAUAAAGAACAUGACAGUGAAGGACAUGGUGACCACCCUGGUGUCCUUAUACUGGUCACUGUUGCUGGGCUUUCUCCAUGUGGCGUUCAGUGUGACUCGAGGAUUUUGCCGUAUCUUCUACAACACCUUCAUGGGAGGCAGUCUGGUGGAGGGGGCCAAGACCAUAAAGGUUUCAGAGCUGCUGGCCAACAUGCCUGACCCUACCCAGGAUGAGGUGCGGGGUGAAGGGGAGGACAGAGAGAAGAGACUUUCUGAUCGCAGCUCCCCAAAGGAGGACCUGGCUGAUCUGGCAGUCAACACCAGCGAGACUGAGCUGCUGUCAGACAUUUUUGGUCUGGACCUAAGAAGGGAGGGGGGCCAGUACAAGAUCACCCCCCAUAACCCCAAUGCCAGCCUGACCGAACUGCUCAACUCUCCGGUUCCCUCCCCAAACCCACCAACCCCACCCACAGCACCUCCACCUGAGCUCAGGCAGAGGCACCAGAGCUCUUCCUCAGAGGCGAAGGAAGCAACACCAGAGACUGCAUCUGAACCUGAGAAAACAUUAGGGGCUGGACAUAUAGAGCAACUAGAGAAGCAACAGAAGAAUGAGAAGAUGAAGCAAAAAGUUAGAAGGCAUCACACCUCAAAGUCUGAUGAGCCAGAUCUGCAGGAGUCUGCGUUCUUGAAGAAGAUCAUAGCCUACCAGAGGAAGCUACUGAACUACUUUGCCAGGAACUUCUACAACAUGAGGAUGUUGGCACUGUUUGUUGCCUUUGCAAUCAACUUCAUCCUCUUAUUCUACAAGGUGUCCACAUCCUCAUCUGUGGUUGAAGAAAGGGAAGUUAUAUACACCAGCAGCCAACCAGACAGCAGUGUUCAUUGGGAUGGAUUGAGUGGAGAAGCAAUGGAGACAAAGGAGGAGGUGAUGGAUGAGACUGGGGAGCUCCUGAAACCUGUCACAGUCCGUUUUGUGCUGGAAGAGAGCAGUGGAUACAUGGAGCCCAUGUUACGGAUCCUGGCCAUCCUGCACACUGUUAUCUCCUUCUUCUGUAUCAUUGGAUACUACUGUCUCAAGGUGCCACUGGUUAUCUUUAAGCGUGAGAAGGAGGUGGCCAGGAAGCUGGAAUUUGAUGGCCUUUAUAUCACAGAACAACCGUCUGAAGAUGACAUCAAGGGACAGUGGGACAGACUGGUUAUCAACACACAAUCUUUCCCAAACAACUACUGGGAUAAGUUUGUGAAGAGGAAGGUGAUGGAUAAAUAUGGGGAGUUUUAUGGCCAUGACCGCAUCAGUGAGCUGCUGGGAAUGGACAAGGCUGCACUGGACUUCAGUGAUGCUCACAAAAAGAGAAAGCCCAGGAGAGACAGCUCACUGGCUGCUGUGUUGAACUCCAUAGAUGUCAAGUACCAGAUCUGGAAGCUGGGGGUGGUAUUCACAGACAAUUCCUUCCUGUAUCUGGCCUGGUAUAUGACCAUGUCCAUCCUGGGUCACUAUAACAACUUCUUCUUUGCUGCCCAUCUGCUCGACAUCGCCAUGGGGUUCAAGACACUGCGCACCAUCCUGUCCUCAGUGACACACAAUGGCAAACAGCUGGUGUUAACAGUUGGGCUGUUAGCAGUGGUGGUCUACCUUUACACAGUAGUGGCCUUCAACUUCUUCAGGAAGUUCUACAACAAGAGUGAAGAUGGAGAACUGCCAGACAUGAAGUGUGACGACAUGCUGACAUGCUACAUGUUUCACAUGUAUGUAGGUGUGAGAGCAGGUGGGGGGAUCGGUGACCAAAUUGAAGACCCAGCAGGUGACGAGUAUGAGAUCUAUCGCAUCAUCUUUGACAUCACCUUCUUCUUCUUUGUCAUUGUAAUCCUCCUGGCUAUCAUCCAGGGUUUGAUCAUUGAUGCAUUUGGAGAGCUGAGGGAUCAGCAGGAACAAGUAAAAGAAGACAUGGAGACCAAAUGUUUUAUCUGUGGAAUAGGUAACGACUACUUUGACACAGUGCCACAUGGCUUUGAAACGCACACGCUACAGGAGCACAACUUAGCCAACUACCUAUUCUUUGUGAUGUAUCUCAUUAACAAAGAUGAAACAGAGCACACAGGCCAGGAGUCUUACGUAUGGAAGAUGUACCAGGAGCGCUGCUGGGAGUUUUUCCCUGCUGGUGACUGUUUCCGGAAACAGUACGAGGAUCAGCUCAACUGAUCUGUUCUUGGAGCAACAGACUCUUCCCUUUCACACUGUCACCUGUGGCAAUCUGCCUUCCCUCUACUUCUCCUUCAGACCUUUCAUACUGCUCUCUGAGAAGUCGACAGGGUCUACACUCUGCUCCACUUCCCAGUGCAAGAGGAACUACAUCUCCAGCCUCCUCUACAGGCCCCACCCUAAGCCUUCCUCCCAGUUCUUCCUCAUCCAGACAGUCAACUCUGCCAGCUCUGCCCCUCACUUCCAGCACACUUUGUUUGGAAUGCUUCUAAGACUUUGUACAGAGAAAAUAUCAGAUUAUAUGCUGUACUAUAGGUUUUUGGUUUUUUGUUUUUGGCUCAGAUAAUGACUUCUUUGCUUUAACUUAUUCUACAUUCACAGUAACAAGCAAAAAAUACAAAGGAAUAAUGGAAAAAGGGGAAAGGGAAGGACCCAAAGAUGGACAGAGGAAGAGAUAAAGAGAAUUCUUCCUGAAAGACUCUCAGGACAGUGAUGAACACAGAAAACAUUACAAUGAUGUUUACGACUUUUCAUGUGUACAGUGCACGUUGUCUGUAGGUACAGGGGGUGGACGCUGUAAUCCAACACAAGAGCUCUGCAAUAAAUAAAUCUGACCUUAGAAGCUUCCAUAGUCAGCGAUCAAGACAAAUUCUCGCCUACAAGGAGGCAAUGAUUUGAUUGAACUCUAAGGUCACUGUUUCAAGGCUUUUUAGUUUUUGGUGCAUAGUGGGAAGAUAUAAGGUUCCUCUACAUAAUAAUAUAAUCCAGCACACCAUUAAACUACAGUCUCCUGAACUACCACAGAGUUGAAUUAACCUCUUGUGACACAGUGUCAACAAAAAUCUGAACAAUCUGAUCUUCACAAAUUGGCCUAUUGUACUGGACUGAAUUUAAGUACAGAUGUUAAUACUGAGUCCACACCUGUACAUGCCAACACUGUGUGUGAAGGGCUCUUCAAGUGUUCAUCUUUGUUAGCAACAUGAUCAGCAAGUCCAUUUUGUUCCAGAAAGCUGAGUGACAUGGAAAUUCAGCUGUAGUACGGACAUCUACGAGACUCAAUCCUCCAUCAGCUCUCAUCAGAUCUUUUAUUGUAAAGAUAAGAUAAGUAAAUGUCCCCCAAACUAUGCUUUCAAAAUGGUUUAAUCCAUUAUUGACAUCUGUGGGAAAUCCAAUUCCAACGCUCUUGUCCAGACUGAUAUCUGUGGACAGCUACUGGUCAGACAGUAUGUCUGAUGCCACCGUCAGGACAAGAGCAGCUAAACGGUCAGCAAGUUUGUUCUUUCCUGUUCUUCAGCAUGGUGUUGAAGAGACAUCAAAGUCUCUGGGUGCCACUGGAAGGACUUCAGCCUGUCUUCUUUUUUUUUAAUGAAUGCUACUCCACUAGGGCUUGCUCGGUACAUUUGUUAAUCAAAUGAUGUAGUUUUAUGAAAAGCAAUACCAAAGCAGCAAAAAGGGAUUUAUCGGUUUGAAGCUGCAUACAAUGUGUGUGCGUGCCUAUUAGCCAAGAUAAAGAAUCAGUGGAGUAACUCUCAGUUAGGUUUCUGAAGUAGGAAUGCACAGCAAGGGCAGGCUGACGAUAGAUGACAGAUGAGUGGAUGAAAGAAGAGGGAGGGGGAGACAGGAGGAUACAGUGCCUUACUAAGCCAGGAAUGAGCUAUGCACACUGGAGGAGGAGAGAGGAAGGUUGGAUAGCUUCACAUAAAGGUAAAGACAUGAGGAUAACGUGGAGCUGAGUGAUGAAAUGUUUAUGAAAGAGAAACGUGCCAUGUGAAGCACUAUAGGAAAAUAGAAACAGAUGGAAGAUGGAUGGAGAGGGAAAUGUCCUCAGGACUUUGUCACUGGAGACAUAUAAUGACUGGUAUGACCUGAGUAGAAAUAUCCACAUUUGAAAUUUCAUUUGUGCUUGCUUUAUAGCUUUAUGAAUUUCAAAUUUAUGAAGAACAAUUUUAGAAAUACACAACUCAGUAUGAUUUAAUGGAUUCUGUUUUUUUAUGCAGUACUAGAGGAUCUUUAAGUUGCCUUGUAGAGUUCAGUUUGAAAUGACAGCAGCAAGUGGGGGCUAGUGUCACACACCUCCAAUGCUGUCCCACUCGUCCAAUGGUUGGUGAAGCAGUUUUUGCUGUUGGCAGAAACC